CGCCCAUAAAAGCGCGGAGGGGCGGGGAGGUGGUGGCAAUCAGAGCGGAGGAAACCCACCUAUUAGCCACUAAUUGCAAAAUUACUUGAAAGUGGUUGAUUGAUUGUAGCAGCCAACUAAUCCACUCUCGAUGAGUCAUUUUGACUAUUGCAUCUCCACAGCGUUUGUGUGGUUUUAUUUAUUUAUUCAUUCAUUCGUUUUAAAGGCUGCUUAGGAAAACUGAUCAUUGUUUCAAGUGGGGGAGAGGGAGUCUCACAACCACACACCGUCCUAAGGCGGCGGAGGAAUCUGGCGAGGGUAUGAAAGGGGGAGACAGCGUGAAAGUGAGCGUGAGUGACAGAGGGAGAGAAGACCCUGGUGGGCAGAGAGAGAAACCUGAGCAAAAGAGUAAGCAGCUGUUUAAAGUUGGCCCACGAAGGGGCUAUUGUACAGCUGGGUGUUAGAUGAGUGCCGAUCUUUCCGUACCAAUCCAACUGGGGACGCGGCUGCGUCGGAGGAGCUUCCGCGUUAGCCCCGCAGGUGGGAACUGAGUGGCUGACCGCCGGCCUCCUCCCCCAUCGCAGCUGCGGCGCGUGCAGGUGUUUGGAGAGUGGGAGGGGCUUCUCCCCCUUCGCCUCUCCAAGCUGAAGGAUUCUGCCUGUCUCCAUAAACUUUCUCCCUCCUUCUCCCCUGCAGGAAAGGGGGGAGGGGGCACCACGUGACCCCGGGAAGGCGGGUGGGGGUUAUUCGGUGGGUCUCUCUCUCUCUCUCCCCGCCCUCCUCUCCGUCGCCUCUUCUUGGCUAGGCGUCUUCCGCUGUAGUUUCAGUCUCUCAACUCCGGCGAGGCUGGAGGGAGCUCUCACAGGGAGGACUAGAGGGAGCCGGGGCUCGGGCGGGCGAUGCGGGCUGAGGCGUCGCCUGCUGCCCCCGGAGCUCCUCUCCGCAGCGGCUGCAGCACUCGCACCAGUCCGACGAGGCAGAGGUGCGCGGCUCUCCCGGCGUCGCCCGGCUGCUGCUUCUGCUGAGAGCUGCCGUGCCUUGGCCAGCGUCUCCUACCGCCACCGCCAGCCCCUCCGACGGCUCCAAGAGGAUGUGGCUCCUCGCCGUGGCGACAACUUUCUGGGGAUUGUUGCUGGCGCCAGGUAAGAGGGGACGCCCGCCGUAGCCGACCCCCAACCCCCGCCCCGCCGACUCGAAUCGGUGCCUGCCCGGUGCCAAGGACUCCUCGCCGACACUCUGCAAAGUUCGCGCCUGCCAUUCAACAGCUGCUGCUGCUGCUGGCACCAACUCUGCAGCUCCCGCCCCAGCCAGCCAAGAAGGCGGCGGCGGCGGCUGCUCCUUUUGCUACCGCCUCGCCGGCAGCUCUGCCCUGCCAGCUUGAGCCACCGCCGGACCCUGGCUCCUCUGUGUGCCUCUCCCGAGAAAUGCGCGGGGUCACGCAGCCCACCCGUGGUCAUCGCCGCCUCUGGAACCCGUCCGCUUCCCGAGGUCUCGCUCACAGCAGCAAGGAAAGCUUGCUUGCCCAUCCCUGCUGCGCUUGUUUCUGGAAGAGAAACUCGGCUUUCCAAGGAGAACUCGCUUGGGAUCUGUCUGGAAGCUGUCCACUUGCGCUGCCUAAGGGACGCUGCCGAGGCGAGCUUCCCAGACAAGCCCUGGGAACUUCCGCGGGCAGAUCGCAGCAAGCCGUAGAGCAGCAGCCCCCGCCCCAUCGCUCCCGCGAAUCUCCUUCCCCCUAUUUAUUUCCCGGGGAGGGGUGACGAUUCACACUGGCAAGCGGUUGCCCGGGAAGCCCUCCGCUUAGUAGCCAACUAGCAACCCUCGGAACAGAGGAUUCUUCUCGGUCUGUGCGUCACGGUUACCCUCCCAACCCCCGUGUUCCUUGCAGAGCCCUUUGGUGGGGAGUGUUAGUAGUUCUCCUGCAAACUACCUUAAGGAGCAACAACGCUAGGGCUGCCUGCCAGGAGCCAGCAGGCACCUGUUUAAGUAAAACAGCCCAGAUACCUACUGCCUGGCCCCACGUUGAAUGGGGCGGAAACUCGGCUGAGUAAUGGCAACUAUUCAGGCAUCCUUGGGCAGCUAAAUGACUAGCUGAGCUUCAUUCUCCGCUGUGACCGCGCUGAAGCCAGUUCCCUGCGUGCUAGCCCGAUCAAACCGCUCCUUCCAAUGAUCGCACUUCAUUUUAAGGAGACAUUGGUAAAAGCACAGCUUCCCUCCCAAGUGCCCUCGACUGUCAAUAGGUGUGGGGCGGCGUUGGCUAUCCCGUCCGGCUCUUUCCGUAGCACCCAAAUCCUCCAGGAGCGCUGGGAGAUCUAGGAUGGAUGCCCUUGCUCAGGCGCAGCUCCAGCAGACAGUAAAUAUGGAGAAACUCCCCCGGCCCUCGCCUUAAACUUCCAGAAGGACCCUCGUUUGCAUGAUAAAAGAGGGAAGCUAAGGAUGCUUUGCAGCUGUAAUUGUGCAUGGCAAAAUAGUAAUUAAAUCAUUGCAAUUAAUUAGUAGUUAAGUAAACCCUUUGGCACAGAAAAGCUCUGGAGCACAUCUAUUAGGUGGUUUACUUUUUCGGUCAUUUGCUUGCUUUUUAAAAGCCUAGUGCUUAAAAAAAACCACAACCCUACACCAAACCUUUUAAGAAGGAAAAGCAGAGAGGAAAAGAUGGUGAGCAAAACAGAUCAAUUUUGCUACUGCUCAUUAUUGUUCAUUCUGCCCCCUGCUGGAUACAGUUUAGGUUGAUGAAGCCAGAAGGGUUUGAAAACUUGGAAGCAAACAUAAGUGAUAAUGAGUUUUGCCCAUGUUUAAAGGUCUGAUGUGGAUUAAAGUUGGCAAAUUAUUAAAGGAUACUAUAUACUUAAACCAUGGUGUUAGCUAAAAGGACAACGGUUACAGCCAAAUAGAGAAUGAAUGAGUGUGUAUGUGUGUGCGUAUAUGUGAGAAAUUAAAUAAAAGGAAACUUAAUAUACAGCACAAUCCUAAGCAUGACUGCUCAAAAGUAAGUGCUACUGAAUCAAUGGGACUUGCUUGCUUACUGCAAGUCUUUAUGCUUAUAAAAUAAGUCCUAUUAAGUUCAAUGGGGCUUAUUCCUAUAGAAAUAAACACAGAAUUUCUGCAUUAAAAAUUAUUCUUAGCACAUGCUAAAUAAUGUUUCUUUCUAUUCUAGGAUUUGCUUUGCAAAUACAGUGCUAUCAGUGUGAGGAAUUUCAGCUAAAUAAUGAUUGCUCGUCCCCAGAGUUCAUAGUGAAUUGCACUGUGAAUGUCCAAGAUAUGUGUCAAAAGGAAGUCAUGGAACAAAGUACAGGUAGGGUAAACUAUAUCAGUUCUUUCUCAUUAAGUCUCUUCCCUUUUCAUUUUAUUUCCUGUCUAACUCAACUCCAUAGGUAAUUCAAAUGCAUGUUUAUAACACCUUUAUUUUGAUUUGAAUCAUUAACCGUGCCAUUCAUUUAUUCUGCUGUAUGUCACAGGGUUCAUCCUUCCACUUUACAUUGUAAAUGCUGAAGCUUACUUAAAAUAAGUUAUCAAAAGUACAAUAAAACAACACUUGAAGCCUCAGACCUCUUUAGAAUACUCUGGAAUUAAUAACAAGUUCAUUUAAUCUCAUUACAGUUAAUUACACGGGCCUUUUCCCAUCAGUUGGAGGGAAAUGUAUUGAAUUAGUAGCUGCCGUUAUUUACUCUAGCAAGUCACAUACCCAGUGGUUGAUCUUUAGGGAGAGCGGAUGUGGUGAACUGAGCUUUCGGCCAUUAAAUAUAAUGGAAUUGCCUAAGAUGGGCUGAAGGUUAGGAGGCUCUGCUUUGGUCUUGGGAAUAAGGGUCCUAGAUCAUUUAUUUCCCAUGUAGAAUUUCACACAAAAGGGCAUGCUUUGCAAAAGUAGCUGACAGUCUGUUGGCUGAAAAUGUUGAUGACAUAAAUUGUUCUUCUGUGUACCAAACCAUGCAACAUGGAAGGGUUAUAUAUUUUUAAAGCAGCAUAGAUCACGUGAUCCAUGCUGGUUGCUAUCAAACAGGUUUGGAUUUACAAUUGUACCUAGGGGGAAAAAGGUCUUUGGCAUCUAUGGGAAAGCCCAUGUAAAACCACUGAUUCUAACCCUUCCUGAAAUCAUAUCUGGCUUUGAAAUCUCUAGAGGGGUGAAAUUGGGACAUACAAAAGCAAGACGAUAGAAGAUGCAGAGAAUAUUGUGCAUCACUGACAUUGAAGAUUAUCAUCCAUCUUGGGAGGAGUAGAAUAUAUUUGCUAAGGAGAUCACCAAGUUAUGCCUGUUGAACUAGGAAUGCUUCAGUACCCAUGUCAAUAACACUGGGACCUAUCUGAUAAUGGAAGACAUAAAUAUAUAAUUACAAUAUAUUUGGUUUGUUAAUCCUAAAAAUAACAACAGCAACAAACCAAUGGUUGUUUAGUAAAUUGGGCCAUUUUUGUGGUAAAUGAAACAAGUGCCACAAUAACCAUUAUUGGUGACCAGCGUUUUGUAAUUUGUUUCCUCUUUAAAACCUGUGAAAAUGAAUGGGUGAGAAUUGUCAGUUCAGUACAUUCCUACUCCAGGUAGAAAUCCUGUAAAUAAAAGCACUAAUCUUCUAAAUGAUCUGUGAAGUUGUAAAGAAUUGAACAGUGGUGGUGGGAAAAGAUCUGUCUCUGCUCUCUGAAAGUAUGCAAUAAAAAUAUAUACCCCCAAGUUCAACACGUAAACAUUUGAAUGCACAACACAGAGCAAACAUUUCCUCUUAAUCCUAAUACUACCUGGAAAUCCUGCUAGAGAGAAAUUUAACACCAUUAUGAUGCUCUUUAAAACUUAAAAGCAAUUUUGGAAAGGUAUCUGAAAUACAGUUUUAAAGACUCUCACAUUAACACAAGCAGAACAUUCAUAUUUUUGUAAAAAUAUAGAGAGACUUCAGUGGAUUGACUGGGAGGGGGCUGAAAGGCCAUUAAAAACAUCCCAGCGGAAACGUUAAAGUGUUUUCCUUAGUUGUGCUUUUUGAGCAUUGCUUCUUCUGGCCAUAAUAUUUUUAUUUCAACUUGCAAUUUAAAACUUUUAACAGCCUCCUAGAAACCAUUUUGGUAAUCUUUUAAGCUGAAGGUUAGCGAGGCAGAAAAAUCUGUGCUAGCAGUAGGCCUUUAUCUGGGAAUGGCUUGCUUAAACCUUUGGGAUACCUAGAUUUUUAAAGUGAUGAAUUUGUUGGAGUUUUUAAAAAAUCAGAUUUACUACUGGAUUUUGAAACUGAUUGAUAAAGCUACCAUGACUAUGUUAAGUUCAAAGUAAGAACCGUUCUAAUUGGAUCUUAAAACAUUUAGAGUGACAUAAAUAUGCUUUCCGCACUGGAGAGAAAUUGAUUUGUAAUGGCUUCAGUAAGAGAGAGGCAUUUUAAACGAUAUUUUUUCUUUGAAUUACUCAACCUAUGAAUCUUGUAUCAAGUUGUAACAAUAGUACCCGACUUAACAGCAGAACUUUCCCUAUGCAUAUCAAGCAGCAGUACACAUACUAUCUUACUGGUCUGCUUAAUUUCAUACGUAAAUAUAUUUGUAACUUUGAUCAGGAGUUUCCAUGAUUGAUGACAUUUAUAUAUAUUCUUACCUAUAUCAAAGACAUCCCAGUCUGCAGUUAACCCAAUAGGCAAGGCAACAACACUUUGAUUUUUAAAUCAGUUUUGUCCCAUUGCAAUCAAUGGAGUCAAGGUUGUGAUACUGAGCACUCUUACAAGAAAAUUUCAUUCACGCUAGUAAGACUUAGCUCCAUAUAUGUGCUUAGGAUCAGGUUAUGAGUAGCUAAAUCCAAGAGAUGGUAGGUUACAGGGUACUGUGAAACAAUUCAGGGCUCAAAUAAUUACCUCUAGUGUGAUUGUGUUCAGCUAGAUUUUUGUUUGCUUACAGAUACUUAAAAAUGUGUACCAAAAAAAUUGCCACAUUCCUAUGCUUUAGCACAUGUCUAGCUCAACAUUUAACAUACCAUUUCCCAAUGCUGCUUACUUUUACACUUGUUCAGCACUGAAGAGAUUUCUUAUUCAAAGAGAGCCACUCAGUUUGAAUUUUUAACCCAAUAUAUAAAAUAAAUAAAAUUGCAAUCUUGCAAUUACAGGUUCUCCUUUUGACUACUAGGGCUAAAAUCAAAUUAGUAUAGAUUUAAUAGUUGUUUUCUUUAGUAAGAUAUUUCUCUCAGUGCGCAUAAUUAAGGUUUCUGUAAAUCUUACUUCAAAGUGAAAUGCAACAUAUUUUGUACUUUUUUUUAAGGCAAUGUUGUAUUUUAAAUUGUUGCAACCAUCCUAGGACCUUAUGGUUAAGGGCAGGCAAAUAAUAAUAAUAAUAAUAAUAAUAAUAAUAAUAAUAAUUUAAUUGAAACCAUGUUAAUGGUCCAAAUCAGUAAGCCAAUGGAUCCACACACUUGAACAUGCAUUUAGCUAUUUUCCUGUUUUGCAAUAUAUAGGAUCACUUAUUUACAUACAGUUAUAUAUAUUAUCUACAUGAUAAUGGCGGGAAUGUGACACACAUGUUUGUUCGUAUUCAUUAAAUGGAAUGCUGACACCUACGCAGGUCAAUUUCUGUACUGAAUUUUUUUGUUUGUUACACAGUACCCAGGCACCAGAGUCUCCCUUUUAUCAUAAUCCAGAUAAAAUAGGGAACCUGUGACUUCUCAGAUGUUGUUGGACUGCCAACUGCCAUCAGCCCCAGCCAACAUGACCAAUGAUCCGGGAUGAUAGGACUUGUAGUCCAACAAUAUCUGGAGGGCCACAGAUUUCCCACUUGUGAUCAAAAACGUAAGAAUGGCCUUUUUAGAUUGGCCACUCUGUACAUUAGAUGGAUGUUGGUCCAAUGUGAUGUUUUUGGAAAGUCAAACUGAACGACGCCCCCCGCCCCCCCUGGUUCUUAGUUCUAUUAUCUGGGGCUCAGAACAGGCAUACUGCUGUGAUUUUAGGUAUUGUAGCUAACAGUCCUGGAUAGAACUAUUCUCCAUUAACGUGUGUGUAUGUGUGUGUGUGAGAGACUCUUCAAAACCAGUGAUUACAACCACAUCUUGUGAUAGUGAAUCCCAUGCAUUAAUUAUGAACUGUGUGAACCAUUACAAAUUAUAGCCUAGUAUUGAAGCAAUGCUUUGGGUUUGUUUUUUUUAAUGCUAUGCCCAGUUGUUCAGUUUUGCAAAUCUCUCUCAUACCAUCCUCCAAUCUUAGUAUGCCUCUCCCCGCCCCCCGCAAUAAGUUCUAGGCUCUUCAGUCUUUGCUUACAGAAAGGUCUUAAAACAGUAGUCCAAAAAGCUGCAUUAAUUUUCUUCAACUUGUCCUUUUAACGACAGUGCAACCAAAACUGUAUACAGUCGCCAAUGUUAUAUGGGCAGACUUAUCUGUGUGUAAUGGGCUUUCCCAAUUCCCCCUCCCACUCCAUUGCAGUCUCAUGGGCCCAUGAUAAGUUUCGCCUGUGGAUCAGGCAAUCCUUAGGAAAGGCGUGGGAGAUGGUUCAGAAGCUGCAGCUGGAGACAGAAAUGCUGACAGUCAGAUGGAAGCAGCUUGUUUAUGCAAACUGCCUCACACUAACUUUUAAUGAUUCUGCAUGUUGUUGAAGCCCAUGCACCACAUACCAUGUUUUCUUCCCUGAAGGAUACAGGGGGCUACAGGGAGGAAGGGUCAGGAAAACCCUCAUGUGCAAACAGAUUUCCACACACAUAAUGUUGACUACACUAAAUGUGUACGCACCAAAAGGUUUAUAUAACAACACCCUAAGACCUGCUGCAUUAUUUUCAGUUCCUUUUGUAAUUAUGAAGUAGUUUGGCUUUUCACCAUCUUGACACCUUUUAGGAUAUUUGAGUAAGAGAAAGAUAUUGGCAUAUUUGACUUGGAUUCAAAUCUUAGCUUGUGGGACACCCCCCCUCCCCGGCAAUUUUAGAUCUCCCGGUGCCAUUUCUUCAUUUGGAAACGGAAUUGUUGUGGCUCAGCUCAGAUAGUUAGCUCAUAAAGAAUGAUAAACCAGUUUAUAAUUAAGUGCCAUGUAAAUGAAUUAGAAUGUACUUCAUUGAACAUGAUUAUUGGUCAAGACAGACCCAUUUGUAAGUUACACAAGCCAACAUACAAACCUUUACUAGAGUAGUUUCUAGCAGUAUCCAAAUCAGAUUCAGUCUGUCUGUAGACAAAACAUAUGACUGACAGAGAAAUUUCAGAAAAUCCAAAUUUAAAAACAGAGUAAUAGCUUUGAUUAUAGAUUAUUUAGUGUGGAUACUAAGCAACCCAUAAAAUAAUCACAUCAGGCUUACUGGGUAGACAUUUCUACAAACAAUGCAACAUACUUUCAUUGCCUAAUUAAAGAGACCAAAUGGUUGUAGAAAUAGUGGAUUUUCACUAGCGAAAAGCACUUCUGUAAAGUGAGACACCUGAUUUUUGUUGAUUCCACCUACAAAUUGUCCCAUGCAAUGCUGCUCUUGACAGCUGUGGAACACUCUGGAAUAGUAUGGGAUAAGGAGUGUGAUGGGCUGCAGUAGAUGUGUGGAGGAAAUUGGUAAAAAUGGGAUACUCUUCCUCACGUAAGUGGCAGUGCUUUCUGCUUAGCAGUUCAAAGCCAGCUGUUGGACGCAACCCAAAGUUUUCAGAGAUAGUGGAGGAUGAAGGAGUUUAGAUUAUACAUGUAGAGAGGUAAAUAGGGUGACUGAGUGUAAAGACAUGUUAUGGAUUAUAUUCUGGUUGAUAUUUUGCAUGUGCGAAACCUCAGACUGAUGUGUGUAGGAAACCAGCAGAACAGAGAAGAAGGCGAAGUAGUGUCAAUGGAACAGUAGCUUUGGCAGUGAGUGCCAAAAUAAAUUCUAAAUUGUGAGAGAGGCACAGGAUAUCUAGUACGUUUAAAAUGGAGGGACACAGCCAAAUCAUGGACAAUAAUGUGAGUAUAAGGGUAUUCUGUUGCUGAAUGAACUAAAUAAAAUAAGACAGAAUUCCCCUUCCAAAUCUAUAGUCUGAUUCUCACACCAGCUGCACCUGUGAGAUAUAUAUCAUUUGUCUCCUGCCUGCCUUAUUAUCAUACAACUCAAGGCAGCAUCCCCCAAGGGGAUAACCCAUCCAGGUAUUGACCAUACCUAGGUGGUGCAGCAAGCUGGCUGUAUGAAGUGUCUUUAGACUGUACUCGGAGAACGAUGUAAAGCAGGCAUCCCCAAUCUGUGGCCCUCCAGAUGUUUUGGCCUACAACUCCCAUGAUCCCUAGCUAACGGGACCAGUGGUCAGGGAUGAUGGGAAUUGUAGUCCAAAAAAUCUAGAGGAACGAAGGUUGGGGAUGCCUGAUGUAAAGCAUGCCAAUGCACCAUCACAAGAUAAGAACAGUUAUAUGAAUGGCAUAUAAAUAAUAAAAUUAUUAGUGGUGCUCUUGCAAACUGAGGCUGAACCAUUUGAAAUCACCAGUUUCUUUUUAAGGACUAAUGCCCUCUUUGCUUUGAGACCAGGAAGCUAUUAGUGGAGAAGACCAUAAAACAAGAACAUCUUACCAGGUGUACAGUCAUUCCCAGGGUCACUAGGAACACAUACUUGCACAAGUCGUAUUCUAACUAGGCAUAUUUUGAAGUGAUUCCAUUGAACUCAACGGGAAUUGGUUCCAAGUGAGUUUAGAGUUGCGUAUUUUAAUGGCAUUUUAAUAAAACUUUGCUAGCUGACAAUGAUAUUUUCAAAAUGUGAGAACUUGCCUUCAAAGUUGCUUAGAUUUCAAGGCAAAUUUCAUAACUUGAGUCACACAAGCAUGUACUAUUACAUGUAAGGUAAGGAGGGCUCAGGUCUGGGCAUAAGGGAAUCCUUUGUAUGCUGCUUUGAAUAAGAAAUAAGUGAACUAAUGAUAAAUAAAAUAUAAAUACACCACAUGCUACCAUACAACUACAGUGGUACCUCGGGUUACAUACGCUUCAGGUUACAGACUCCACUAACCCCAAAAAUAGUGCUUCAGGUUAAGAGCUUUGCUUCAGGAUGAGAACAGAAAUCGUGUUCCGGCGGCGCGGUGGCAGCAGGAGGCCCCAUUAGCUAAAGUGGUGCUUCAGGUUAAGAACAGUCUCACAAAACGAAUUAAGUUCUUAACCCGAGGUACCACUGUACAAGGAAGUUCUCUCUGUUAGUGAAAUGCAUGAUCAGAAUAGCAAAAGGGUGCAAGAAUUCAGACGUAGGCUGCAAUUCUAUAUACACUUUCCUGGAGGUUAGUGCCAUUGAAUUGAGUAGGACUUACUUAUAAGUAGGCAUGCCUGAAAAAAAUGCUGUCAUUGCAAUUUCAAGAAACGCAGUGCAAACUAGCUUUUGUAAUUGUGACAAAUAUUUAUCGCUAAUUAAGGAAAGUAUUCAGCAACAAAGCUGGUGGCAGUUAGUGAUUGCCAUCAAUAUACAGUAUUUUCAUCCCAGCAUGGAGUGCAAAGCAUAUCCCAUGGAGAGUACUUUGGGAGCUUGGUUCUUGAUAUUAGUUGUCUAAAUUCAAUUUCCCCAUCAUGGCAAAUAAAUAUGGAGAAAGAAAUUGAGAGUAGGAAGAAGGAAGAAAAAAAAAGGGGGGGUUAGGUGGCUAUCCAACUAGUGAUAUAUAUAUAUAUAUAUAUAUAUAUAUAUAUAAUAUAAAAAAAACGGUUUCUGAACUUUUACUGUUAUGCGGCUUUUAAGCACAUAUUUCCCAUUGUUUCUACUCCAUUCUUCGGGUAUAAGCUGUGUUAUAUCAUUUGUAAGAGAACCUGAAAAAUAGUGGUAUGGGCUUGGGCUUAAAUACUUUACUUUUUUAAAAAAGAAAAUAAUAAAGUGAAAAACUAGAAGCCAUAAUGACAAACAGACCAGAGAGCUGAAUUUCUACUGCAACUGAAUUUACCAGCAACAUGAUUCCCUUAAAUUAAAUGUUUGGGAUUUUAAAAAUACAUUUGUUCAGUUUACAGUGGCAUUUUCCUGUGCAUGCAAGGUUGUAUAAAAUGCUGCAGUGCAAUUAAAGCAAUUACUGUAAUUGUGCACUUCAGCUAGUAUGUUAGGAAACUGGGUACAGUGCAGAUUAAUAAAUGCUGUUUUUAAAGCUCUGCAAAACAAGUUAUUUUCGUACUAAUUAUCAGAAACCAAAAGAAAAACUAAUUUUGAAAAAGUUCCCCUUAAUUAUUUAACUCAUUGAUCUGCUGCAUGUGUAAUUCAACGGCUGUUGCAUUCAGUUUUGCCUUACUAUGACCAUGAUGAGCAAAUAUAUAUAUCUAGUGAAGCUUUUACUACAGUACAGCUGCAGUACAAAACAAUCAGUUGCUGAGUUUUUGUUUUUCACCCACCUGUCAAAAGGUGGAGGAACCUCUCCCGGGAAAAGGUGACAUACUAGUUGCAUCUAUGUUAAAGGUGCACAUUCCCCCCCCCUUACUUAAGAAAGGCUGAAAAAUUGUAUAUUACUCACAUUUACAUAUUGACAUCAUUUUAAAAACUGAAAAAUUUCAACAUAUGUGAGAACCUUCCAGUCAUUAAUAUUCAGAGCUAAUUGCUUUAUCUUUGGUAUCCCAUGAAAGGCAGCAUGGUCUGUAACUUGGCUGUUCAUUCUCCACAUUUUUAAAAGAUUCAAUCCUGUUUAGAACACAUUGCUCAUAAGAGGUCAAUGGAGAAAGUAAAAUAACACUCCAAUAAUGUACAGUGGGGUGGCUAACAUUUUUUUUGGCCCAAGGACUUAAUUCAGCCAAUCCUUGGGGGAAGUGGCUCUCCCACAACCUCAUUUAUUUGUACACAAUGGCACACAGUUUUCCCCUCCUGAGUAGAUUAGUCGCAGGUUGGCUCCUGCCAAAUCACACCUUUCGACUGUGGCUCAGAGUGGCUAGGAGCCUGUCCAUGUGCUCCCCCAGCUUCUCCUCAACUUCUCUGGGGGCCAGACCAGGCCCCCGCAGACACUUCUGGGCACCUCUGGUUGGCGCUAUUAGAAGGGGCUUGUGGGGGGGGGGGAGAUGGACAGCGAUUGCCAAGAGCCUGAGGGGGAGUGUCAAUAUAUCUUCUUGCCAAGGGCACAAGGGCGCCUAAGUACGCCUCUGAUCAGUUGAGAAAGGUUUAUUUUUCUGCCCUGCUCAUCAAAUGAUUGACAUGAUGAUUUUAGAGAUGGUUCUUUGUAUCCACAUCUUUGUGUCCACCUACUUCAGUGCUGUGUCUACUUCAAUGGUUUUUCUUUUCACCAUUGCCACCAAAUCAAUGAGUGGAGGAUCAGAAUAAUUUCUCGGGAGGCCCUCACACUAAUGUGCCUGAGCUGCACAUUAACUUUUAAACUCUGUAUUAAAUACUGUGUGUGUAGAUAUUGUAAACCGCCCUGUGAUCCUUGGAUGAAGGGUGCCAUGAAAAUUAAUAUAUAAAAAUAAAAUAGAUGUAAAUCUACCGGGGCGGGGGGGGGUUACUUCCCAGGAGUCUGCACUGGUAAGAGGGCUUUUUUGCUUAGAAGCACAGUCCUCUCCUUAAUACAGUCCUUUUAAAAAUAAUGGGGCAUGCAUUCCGUAUUACACAGUUUAAAAUGCAUUUGUACAGGAUACUCCAUCGUACUGGAGUGGUAAGGCUUAACAAGAAAGGAUGAGGAGAUGUGCAUCUCUUCCAAUAAGUUAUUAAUGAAAUAGGCUUCCCAGAGGGAGAAGCAGGGACAUUUGCUGCCUUGGCUCCUGGACAUCUUCACCAACUACAGUGGUACCUCGGGUUACAGACGCUUUAGGUUACAGAUGCUUCAGGUUACAGACUCCGCUAACCCAGAAAUAGUACCUCAGGUUAAGAACUUUACCUCAGGAUGAGAACAGAAAUGGCGCGGCGGUGGCAGCGGGAGGUCCCAUUAGUUAAAGUGGUACCUCAGGUUAAGAACAGUUUCAGGUUAAGAACAGACCUCCAGAACAAAUUAAGUUCUUAACCCAAGGUACCACUGUAGAGGCAUUGCAGCCAGUUCCUUACUGGCAGUGUUUGUCUGGAAUAACUUUAUAGUUGCCCAUAUCUGAAGCACCCAGCUCCUUUCUGUUGAUGAUAAACAAGGCUGCAUGCAAUAAAAGAAUUAUGGUAUAUGUUAUUAACUUUCACUAUAUGCUAUAAAUUCUGAGCUUCAGAUAUAUUACCAUUCAGGAAGUGUUUUCAGAUGCUAAAGCUGUAGGGCAUGUUCUCUUAUUAAUAAAUUGCUUCCAAUCUUACGGUUGCCUGUAACACUACAAAGGAAGCAGGAGAUGAACUAAAUUAAGUGCAUUAGAUAAGGUGAAACCAUGGAGAGCUUAUAAUAAAUUGCUUUUUUUUUUUAGUACUUUUAAACACAGUAAAGCAGUGAUGGAGCUAGAAGUUGACUUGAAGUAGUUUAUGAUUUGGAAAAAAACAUGAAAAGAAUAAAAAUGCAAAAAAUUGAUGGAUUAUUUUAAAAGGAAGUUGCAAUUUCUGGUUGAGCGACUUUAAUUUCUCACAAUGAUAUGGACAAUAGCUUUUUAUGUUUUUCCAUUUCUUGGACUUGUUCUGAGGGGAUAUACAAUGAUCAGAUAUGGUGCCCACAGGCUGCUAUCUUAGCAGUUCAGUUCUAAGCUUCCAGACUACUAGAGUGUGGUUUAAAUUUCACAUAUAAAUGAAUAAAUUCCAGAACAAUUUGCAGUGACCUACCCAGAUCUAUGCACUACACUCCCCUUCCCUUCUAAAAGUUUAUUAUAGUGACAAGUGGAUUUAAUGCCAGCAAUCCUUUACAUUUUAUUGGUCGGAUCUCUGAGCAAACAUCUGAGUACUCUUAUCCACUGCUAAACCCCAAACACCAAAGGGCUAGAAAUUUUAUAGUACUAUUACUGCUAAUGAUGCUGUCAAAAAGAACUGAAAGCACUUCAAACAAUCAGUGGUAGGGUGCUGUUUGCAGACAAAACAAUGAUAUAAGGAAGCUGUCUCAUAAAACUGUGGUGGCUGUAGAUGUCAAUGUCAUAUUCUCAGUCUUGAUGCUCAGACAUUUUGUUAUGGGCUCACAUAGCCUUUCCUACAUAAAUUCCAUCUUUCCAUUGUUGUUUUAACUUCAGUGUUGUUUUAAAUAUGCAUAUGUGCCUAGAUUAACUAUAACAAGAUUCUACACACACACACACACACACACACACACACACACACACACACACCAAUACCAAUACCAAUCACUGAGGUUUGCAAAUCUGGUGAUGAGAGCAAUCCUCGCUGGUGCACUGAUUUAGACGUAAAGGUACACCACAGUUAAAGAAAACAAUGGAAGGGGAAAGGAGGAACAAUCUGUGUAGCAGGGAGGUUAAUUGCGUGCGUACCUGAAUGGCAUAUUCCAAAUUUCCUAAACGUCAUUGGACAAUCAGGGUAUGGAUCCAGACUUCAUUCACAUAUGGGAUUGCACAUUAAAAUGGUUCCGUAUACCAUUUACAAGAAGGCUUAAGAACAACUGAGGAAAACAACAUGCCUAAACUUUGCUUCAAUGACUCCACAGAUAAAAGCAGCAUGCCAAUCCCCACACUGUCUCCAAAGCUGGAUCUCAUUAUAUAGUAGAAAUGUGGCAGUAGCCCAACCUACAACUGCAUUAGGAAUAUCAUGGAUACAGCCAUUUAUCUGUGGCGUUAAUUGAGUUGUACACUAUGAGCCAUACAUGUAUCUGUAAGUCAGUGCCAUAUAUGGUUUGCUUGAAAGUUUAGGAAGGAGAUAGUCGGACAACAUAGACUUUAGCUGAUUUUUUAAGACCCCCCCAUACAAACCACCCCCAUGUUGAGCUCCUGCAUCUUCUUCCCUCCCACACAAUGCAAAUACUAAGCACCCUGUUCAUCUUCCCAAUUUACAAGCCUCCACCCCUUCCUGUUCUUCGGGCCAUUCCACACCCCUACUUUAAUCUUCAACCCAAUUCCAAUAUCUCCUUCCUUCCCCCUUUCCUGCAACUUUUAUCUUUCUCACAUGAGGCAGUUGAUGAAGAGGGAGAAGUUCAGGACAGCCAUUUUUCUUUUCUUUUCGGCAUUCUGUUCUUCUUGCUUUGCUCAAACAAUGGCAUAAGUUUGAGUAACUCCCUUCUUGCUGUAUGAAAACAUUGUCCCUUUCCCCCUGUGUCACCUCCUGCUCACUCAAAUCUCUCCCAUUGUUUCAAAUGUUUUCCCCCUCUGUGUUGCUCCAUCACUGCUUUAUUUAAAUCUCUGCUGUUUAAAACCACCAAUCUCCUCUGUCUCCUUCCAUCUCUGCUUUAUUCUGCUGUUGUUUUAAACCACCCCCUUUUCAUUUUCAGUGAUCUCUCUUCUCACUCCCAUCACAUGGGCUCUGCUGUUGCGCAACCUGCCAUCUCUUUUAUCCCCUGCUCCUGCUGACUUUAUGCAAAUCUAGUAGUGCGGCAAAAAACAACACAACCCUCCAUUGUGAGCGGUGUAGUGACAGCCUUACAUUUUUUUUAAAUGCAUAUAGGAAUACUGUAUAUGGGUGUGCAAGAGCAUCUCAUGUAGAAUAUAUACGUGCUCAUUCUACACAAGAUGCUCUUGCACACCCAUGUUUGCUGUGCUGAACACUAUACAGUAAACUCAUGAAGGGAAGACAAAUAUCUUAAAACACUCCUGGGAAACUGCAGUAGUCCCACAGCAGCAUCCUUUGGAUUAUUCACUGCUUACCCCUGACAUUUUGGAGAUGUGUACAUUUUGUUUACUGCUUAUGGUGUUAGGCAGUGCAAUCAUCAGUGUACACACAACAGGAAUGCUUGCCACAUAAUCAGCCCUUGCAUAAAUCAGCCCUUCGAGGAAUGUAGUAUCUUAUCUCAUAAAAAUUCCUCCUGCCAAAACAGAUUAUUUGACGGAUUACUUCAUUUGUGUACAUAAGGAAAGCAUGUUAAAGAGUUACUAGAAGCAUCUCACUCUUAAAGCAGAAUGGUAAUAAUUUAGUGAAACAUUACACAAAUUAAACAGUGUGCUGCUUUUUAUACACAAUGCUACUGCAUCACCCCCACUUCUAAUACAUUUUGAGUUCCAUUGGAUAAAAUAUAUGAAAACAGUGCUUGCUCUGACUGGUCAACAACGAUAGACAGGGAUUCUUGUGAGAAAUGCUAUAGCAAAGGUUAUGAGAAUAUAUUUGGUAAAAGGACACAUCACGUACUCUAUUUUAUGGUUGUGUCUACAUAGGUAUUGAUCUCUUUGGUCUUACUUUUACACUACCUUGAUUACUAAUUUAUGAAGGGUGUUGUUUCAAAAUCUUUUAAUAAAAUAAUAUAUACAGGGUGAGUCCUUUAAAAGAGGCCCCGUGAAUACAGAGUACACAUGUUCCACAGGGUGUCUUUUAAAAGACUCACCCUGUAUAUCCAAUAGGGAGAGUCUGCUUUUCAGAGUCAUUUCGGAAUCUUUAUAAAGAUUCCUUGUAGGUUAUAUACCUGAGAAUAUGUCUGUUCUACUCUGUUAUUUGGACCUGAAAGAAUGGAUCAAAGUAUCAGAAUAGAAAAGGUGACAGAAAACAGAGUCUUCAUCUUCAGGAAUGAAUACUUACAGAAUUUUAAAUUUUGUACUAAAGUUUCAUCUCACAUGAUUAAUUAUUUGGGAAUAUAAGGAAACUAUCAGCGUUGCACAUUGGUGCAAAAGAAUGAUAGCUUCACAUGUAUACCAAAGGCUGGGUGACCAGGCAAGGGAUCAUGGGGUUAUUGUGGUCAGUUUAGUGUAAACACUCUAUGUGGCAGCUAUUAAAAAGGUCAAUUCCCUGUCAGGGACCAUUAGGGAAAUGGUUGAAAAUGAAACAAGCAAUAUCUUACUGCCUUUAUGCAAACCUGUAUAAAGUCUUGGAAUACUGUGAGGAGGAAUUCAGCAUUGCAUUCUUAUGAUUAUUUCAUCAAUGCAAGCAUUUCUGCUUGCCAGGUGGAACAAUUCUUUCCUCCUGUCCACAUUGUUCUGGGUAGUUGGAAGGGAUCCCAAGGGUCAUCUAGUCCAACCCCCUGCAAUGCAGGAAUCUCAGCUAAAAGCAUCCAUGACAGAUGGCCAUCUAACCUCUGCCUAUAAACCUCCAAGGAAGGAGAGUCCACAACCUCCGAAGGGAGACUGUUCCACUGUCAAACAGCUCUUACUGUCAGAAAGUUUUUCCGUGUGUUUAGUCAGAAUCUCCUUUCCUGCAACUUAAAGCCAUUGGUUCAAGUCCUACCCUCAAGUCCUAUGUGACAGCCCUUCAGAUAUUUGAAAAUGGCUAUCAUAUCUCCUCUUUUUCCAGGUAAACAUGCCCUCUUCUGCACAUACCUUCUGAGAUACGGUCCUUUCUCUAUAUUGUAGAUGUUGCUAAGAUGGGACCAAAGUGAUCAGGUCUGAGACAACUCCCUUUUGAAAAAAGGUCCCAAUAUUUAUGGUUUAUUAAAAACGUGAGUAAGGAUAAAAUAAUUCAUGGUGUGGAGGAAGUGGGGAGAGAGGUUCUCUCCUUCUCUCAUACUACUUGGACCUAGGUUUGGCUAAUGAAACUGCAGGGUGGGAGAGAUUCAAGACAGUCAAAAGGAAAUACUUGGGAAUUCAUUUCCACAGGAUGUUGCGAUUGGUGCAUAAUUGGAUGGCUUUAAAAGAGACAGAUUAAUGACUCUUAAUCCUGAUCAGGUUCUUUUAUUUCCAGUAUCAGAGGUAUUGUGCCUCCGAAUUGCUAGCGAGCAACAGCCAGAGAGCGCUGUCCCUCUCAUAGCUUGCUUGUAGGCUUCCCAGAGAUAGCUGCUGUGGGAAAUGGAAAGCUGGACUAGAUAGGUCUGUGGCCUGAUCCAGCAGGGCUCUCCUUAAAUUUACCAGCAUACAGUACAUUUAUUUUAUAAGAAAGACAAAACUUUGAUAUGCUGUCCAUACAUUCUUGGACUUGCCAGCAGUAUGGAGGUUUUAAAGCAGAGGUUAGAUGGCCAUCUGUCAUGGAUGCUUUAGCCGAGGUUUCUGCAUUGCAGGGGGUUGGACUAGAUGACCCUUCAGGUCUCUUACAACUCUACGAUUCUAUAACCCGGGAGUCCAGGGUUCAGAUCCACACUCAGCCAUGAAACUCACUCAGAGACUUUGGGCUAGUCACUGCCUCUCAGUCUACUACGCUGAGCAUCCCCCAGCAGGAGGAGGAGAACCGUGUACACCAUGGUUCUUUGAGUGCCUUAGUGAAAAGGUGGAAUAUAAAUGCGAUUUUAAAAGAUCUGAAUGUGGUUCUGCAACUGUAUAUUAAAAUUUUGGUUAGUUAGAACUAAACACAAUGUAAUUUGAGAGGAGGUAAGGAAUACUAUCUGGAGGGGAAGAAAGAACAGGUAAUUUGUAAGUGUGGAUUGACACGUCCAUCAAAGCAAAUGCUUUAAAAGAAAUUCUCUCUCUCUCUCUCUCUCUCUCUCUCUCUCUCUCUCUCUCUCACACACACACACACACACACACACACACACGAGAAAGUUUGAGAAAGGAGAGAUAAAUGGGCCCAUUUACAGGAGACCCUUAUCAGGAGUGAGCUGAAAAGCCUUUAUCAGUUUACGCACAAGGUAUUCAAUCUUGUCUUUAUGAACAAACAAAUGGGAAUAACAUCCAAGAGAAAACAGUCAUAAAUCACAAAAGUGUAUCAUUAAGAAAAGAAUAAUUAUUAAUUACUAGCCUGUCUAUAUGAUGUGCUGAAAAUUAAAUUUAAUGGAGGCAGCAGAGAUUGACAUGAAUUAUGACCAAGUCGGCAAAUGAGAGAGGGAGUUGGGAGAGUGAGAGAGAAAAUGUAAUGCAAAAAUUUCUCCAUGUAAAAAGGCUAGGGCCUGGAUCCUAAUUAGACUUCCACAAAUGGAAGGACUAAUUCUGUGUGCAAAUGGAAUUAAGAUGCUGUAGAGGAGUCUGCCAGUGGGGAAGGUGAAUCUUCAUUUUUUUUAAAAAAAAAUAUACAUUUCUGUUGGUGGGGUUGUCCUGGAGUGGAACACAGGGCACAAUCCCACCUGGAGGUUCAUUGAGUUUUAUUGAGGAAUGAUGGAGGCUGUAUAUUAUCAUAGGAUCAUAGAAUUGUAGAGUUGGAAGGGAUCCCAAGGGUCAUAUAGUCCAGCUCGCUGCAAUGCAGGGACCUCAACAAAUGGUCCCCAUCCAAUUUGAAACCGUACUGGACCCAUUAGCUUUGCAGAUGUGCUAACAGUUUUAUUGCAUUAUGUGGUGCAGUUAUCUAUAUAUAUAGCAUAAUUAUUUGGUUCAAAUUAGUUCUCAUUAAGACAUGGAUUGCUUUUUGGUAUCAUCUGGUGCAGAAGUUCCCAACAAAAGAUUCUGCCACCCAUUUUAUAUUCCUAAAUGAGCUGUCAUCAGUGCAAUACAUAAUGGGGAAAGAGAGCGUUUCAUGAAUUGGCUUUAUGAUCAUAAAAGGAUAAUGACCACAGAGCAAGAGGGAUAAAGGAAAUGGGUAGACACUGGAAACUAGAAUCUACUUGGUGACUUGGUCUUUGUAUGGCUAACCUGUUUCUUGGCCACAGAUGGCGAUUGGCCAGGCCAGAACAAGGGAAAAUAUCCCAUGACAUAUAUUCAACGGUUGGUUAUGAAUGGGUCUCUGUGUCAUUUCAACACAUCCAGUAGACCUAGCUACACGGUGACAUUCCUUUCUGAGUAGAAACUUAUUUGUAGUAUAAGCAAUGCAAAACUAUCAAAGCCAAAGGAUGUUCAUCAAAUUCCAAGUCAAGAAUACAAAGAUGGGUUAGCUCCUGUUAGGAAUCCAGUCCUCACCUUUUCUCUAGUAUUAGGAUAGCACCAUUUGGUAAAAACAGUUCUUGCUUUUUUAGAAAUGUAGUUAAGGAGAAACAUAGUACACGCUGAUUAUUAUUCAGUCAGUAGUGAAGCCCAACUUGCAUAAGCUAAAAUUUAUUUCACAACACAGGUAAUUUAUGAAAAGUUAUUGGUCGGUACUCGGUAUAGUUUCGAUUUCUUACCCACCAUUCACAAUGAAGUUCCAGGGCAUCUGCAGCAUAUGACGUGGAUUGCAUAAUGAAGGUGUUAGAUGCAUCUUUGGGGGAGGAAGUUGCAUAACAUUGGAGCUGCCACACCUAGCUUUCAGGUUUUUAGUGAUAUUUCAGGUGGGAGCACAAAGUAUGUCUUUUUAGAUGCAAACAAUCUUGGCAUUUGUAAUUCCAGUGGCUUGGAACUAAACUGAGUCAGUUGCAUUUAUCUUCCAUUGCAAUCUAUGAGUUUUAAGUUAAAUCAUUACUAACUUCUCAUACUGAUGACAAUAAGUCCCAAGGGGAGCUAACUUUGUAUGGACCCAUCUCAGUGUGCUAACUUGACAGAAAUCAAGAAAACUCCAGUGUAUAUGAUUUCUGGUUUCUGCAACCUGAACGUGUUGUUUGGUGCUAUGCUACAAAAAAAAGAGAGAAAGAAGAAAUGAAAGGAAGAAACUUGCUCCCUUUUAAAAUUAUUGCUUAGCCCAGAGGCACUCCUAGGAAUUAGUUUUUUCUAGACAUAACAGCAUUGGGAAAAGAGAUCAGGGGACUAACACAGAGGCACUGAAGACUCCAUAGUCUCUCGAGGAAGGUAUUAAAUGAGCAGACACAUUUAAUGACAGGUUGGUUGAGCUACUAUACCAGCACAAUCCUAUUCACAUUUAUGCAGAAGCAAGUCCCACGGAAUUCAGUGGGGCUUCCAGGUAAGUGUGCACUGGAUUGCAGCUUGUGUGGGAAGAUGCCAAUUGUUCCACCAGACAUCGCAAAGUUUUGUUAGUUGUCAUGACCAUAGACACUAUGUGCCGUAUCAUUGUCCUGUGAAAUGCAAAAGGUUUCACUUGUGAUAAUUUGUUUCUAUGAGAUGUUUCUAGAUGAGCUGUUCAGUUUAUGGUAAUGGAUGAUAAAAGUGACAUUAGAUGGCAGAUUAGUGAGUUACCACUGCUGCAUUUGUUGUUCAAUGUGACUGAAAUGCCAGCAUGGAACUGAUGGUUUCAGAGUGUUUGCCACUGAAAGAUGAAUUCCUGCAGGUUUGAUUGGAUGCUCAGCUGUUGCACCGUUAGGUCUUUUGAAUAGAAGGAUUAAACACAGCUCAUCCCAAUGCCCUAAAUGAAAAGCUUGGCAUUGAGCUACAUUUUAUGAGCAUUUUACCUGAUUUGGCUCUUUGUGUUAUUCAGAUUUUUAAGUAGCUGCAGGAUUGUUACCGCUGAAAGACAGAUAUGAAACCUUUCACCUGAGGUUUUUCAGUUUGCAUUCAGCUUUCAAGGACUGAUAUGGUCUCUUUCAUCUGCUGUUACUGUGCAAAAUGUGAAGGAAAUAAAUACAUGACUUGUUUUUACAAUUGAAAACCCUUAUUAUCUGUUGCACACAAGGAGGCAUAGCUAUGUGGCAGCAUUUUGAUCCUUUAGUUAUUUUGUUUUUGUGACUUUAGCUGCGGAGUGAGGCAUGUGUAACAAGCUCUGGUAAUCCAUAGUGAACUCCUUAAGCAAUUAGGAGAUAUGCCCUUUUUUGAGAUUCUUAUUUCUUGCAGAGCAAUUGGUCUUGAAUUCCUUUACAUCUCAGGCCCUCUGUUAGUAUAUCUGCAGCAAUUCUCACAGAUGUGCUAAAGGCAGCUGGGCUACAGCUCCUACCCUUGAUAACUGGCAAGGCUGGCUGGGAAUGACUGGAAUUUGAGCCAAACAUCUGGGGAGUCGCAGGUUCUCUUUCCCUGCUGUAAAGAGCUGUGCCUGCUGCAGCUGCCAUGACCACGUGCCAGCAACAAUGCAGGAAAUAGUAAUCUCCCGUAAAAUUCACGUUCUGCAAGGAUGCUGAUCACAAUGGUCUGGAUUCCGUGUUUGAAAUUAGCCAGGUGCCAAGUGCAUUUUGCACCUUACUGGCCACCUGCGACCAAGUGAAGAUGCCUGGGCACUAGCAUGGUGCCUGACAUCUCCACCAUCUGGAGAUCAUUGGAUGUUAACUGUUUUCACACACCAAUACCACAUUCUGUAGGAUCUGCACAAUUGGAAUGACUAUCAGGAACCAAAAUGCUUUUUUCUGCGCAGCUUGGGCAGGAAAAGUGAGUAACGUUAUAGCUAAAUGUUGUGGCCUGUCUUUGCUUACCCCACCCCACCACUAUGCUCGUAGUUGUGAAGAAUAUUCUUAUGUUAUAAAUAGACUGUGUCACCGUUUAGAAAAAGAGGUAGAAAUAGGCCAUAUAUAUGUGGACUGCCCCAGGAUAAAGUGACUACUUUUCUUUAAGUUCUCAAAGUUCUUAACCUGGCUCAAGUUUGUCAUCUGAGCUAGCCGGGUGUUUAACUGAGAAUCAAUCAGAGUCAGUCCAUUAUUUGAAAAAUAAGACUUUAGACCUAUCUUGCCCUAAAGUGGCAACUAGAUAUUCCGGUGAGGUUAAAUGUGGUUUAAGUAGCCAUUUGACACCUAGCUUAGAUAUCUGAGUUUGGACUUGUGAUGAGCAGAGUUCCACUCAUGCUGAAGGGUUGAGGAGGCAAUUGUUGCCUGUUGCCAUACCCCUGUGCCUCAUGAAAAGGUGUUAUGGGGAGUUGGGAAAUCCUCUGGAACAUUUCUGGAGGGUGGUGAUGAGACAGGUAUGAUUAGCAAAAAUUGCUCCAUCUUUUCCUCUGACAUAGAGCCCUACUGGAUCCUGGUCUCUUCUGCGAAUGAAAGGAGGAAGCCCUUCCAUUUACAGUGGGGUUAAUCUCAAUCCACACCAUGCCAAAGCCAACCCAGUUAGGCAGAAGUUGGUAUAACCGUCACCUACUGGUGUAGGGAGCUUUUGCAAGUGUUCUGCUAGAAACGUGUCUGAAAGUGGCUUCAAUCUUUAUCCACUAAGUAGGAUAAAAAAGGUAGAAAGAUACUUACCGGUAUUUUACUAAGAGAAUAGAAUAAGCCACCCUAUAUGCAUGUAUUUUCUUGAUUACUGGUGUACUCAUACAUGAUGAAUAUUGCAUAAAACCUGGAUAGCUCAGUUGGUUAUAGUGUGGUGCUGAUGCCAAGGUUGCAGGUUCAAUCCCAGUAUGGGACAGCUGCAUAUUCCAGCACUGCCAGGGGUUGGACUAGAUGAUCCUUGGGGUCCCUUUCAACGCUACAAUUCCUGAUUAUAAUGCUAGUGCUUCUGUCCUGCUUUCCAGUGUUCAUUUCAGACUGCAAUACUAGUUUUGUUAUGGAACUGUGGCUUUUUGACCUCUAUACCUGUAUGUCAUGCUAAAUUUCAUUCACACCAGUUGUGGUUUGACCCAACAAUGAAUGUCAUUGAAUAUUCAUUCACUGCUCCACCACCCCUCCCACACGUGUGGGCUUCUAUUUGUCUAUGAUUCAACCAUGAAAGCAGCAGGAAAGAACCAUAUGCUGGUAUACUUAUCCAAAUUUAGUCACUUCCAUGAUUUUCUAGGUCAGGGGGGAUUUCCCUCCCCUGGAACUAAGUAACAUAGAAAGAGCACUUAAUCUGUGUUGUGUUCCAUUAGUUUUCUGGAAAUGGCUUCUAUGUUGUGUGGAAACUCAAAUAUGAUCUGGGAAUUAACAGUUUGGGGAAAUGGAAUAAAACUGUUGGGUGAAUGCAGCUACAUAAAUGAAGGAAACCAAUAAAUUAUAAUAAGCAUAAACAGCUGUCAAGACUUACAUUAGUAAAGCAGGCAGACUUCUCAUUUCCUAGAUUUAAUUGGACUGUGUACAUGGUCCAUAUACAUAAUACCAUAGACUUAACUGUAGGCUGGUCCACUAACCCAAUUCAAGUGAAUAAACCUUAAUCAUAAGUAUACAGUAUCUGCUAUGUGGGGCGGGGGGGGUGUCCACUCCAUUUCCAUUAAAUUCCAUUUCAAUUCAAGUUUCUCAUGUGUUGUAUUUCCCACAAGCUAUGGAAGUUUAUUCUCCAAGAGUAUUGUCUCCAAAAUCAUGAACCUUUUAGGGUAGCAUGCCUGGGUUCUAAUACAUAGAACGUAUAUAACGUAAUAUACUAAUAACGUAGCCCUCUUUAUUAGUGUGUGCGGUGCAGCUUACAGCUUUUACUCACAGGAUUGCUAAGUUUAGUAAAACUCGUCUGUUCUGUUCCAUUUUCCUGCUCAUAAAAUGUGGUUUUCCAUGCAAUGUUCUAUGGAUCAGGUGGAAUUCAACACUGUGUUAAUACAAACAUUCUGUCUGCAUAACAGCUUGCCAGAUGGAACAACGCCCCCCACCCUGUGUGCUGUUCUUAACUCCCUCUGAACCAAUUUGGUUUGUGUGAGUGUAUUUGUAUUGUACACACACACACACGUAAAAUUUAAAAUACAUAUUUAAUGUACAUAUUACACGCAUUCAAUUAAAAAAAGGUGCAGAACAGUCUCUAGAGGGCUUCUUACAAGGCAAGUCAUUUCGUUCUGACUUCUGUUUAUCCAACUUCCUACAGCAGCCUAGUUACAAGGAUGGAGAGAGAGAAUAUUUAUAACUUUUGUGUUUGUGAGUAUUGCUCUGUAGACUCCAAAUUCUCCCAUGAGCUUUUUCUUUGUUUGGGGCUCAUUUCCUCCCUGCAGAAAGUGUGUAAAAGGAGAACUUCCUUUUAGCACGUUGCAAAUCAGAAGCAUAAAAACAAUCGUGGGUCUCCUUAAGCUCCCAUAAUGCUGUUUGGAAUGUGAUCAAACUUACAUGUACUCAAAUCUUAAAUAGGUACAACUUUUAAAGUUUUAAGUGCUGUAUGCCCCAAAUGUAUUGAUUUUGCAUUUUCCAGGCUUUGUGGAAAGCAAAAGCAGAAGGGGGGGGGGGACUUAAGAAUAGUGCCAUUUAUUUAAAGCCCUACAUUUCCUGCUAAGACACACAACAGGUGAUGGUGGGCUAAAUCCUUUGGAAACGCGCUGAGAAUCAGAACCACUAUUACGGAAAACUUGGCAGUCUGUUUAAAUAAAAAAAAGAGCUAACAUACAGUAGAAAGCAUGUUUGUUCAUAUCAGGCUAAAUAAACUUUUGUUCUGUGUCACAGGGAUCCUGUAUCGCAAGUCCUGCGCAUCCUCUGCAGCUUGCCUCAUGACCUCUGCCGGAUACCAGACUUUCUGUACUCCAGGGAAGAUAAACUCUGUUUGUAUAAGCUGCUGCAAUACUCCACUCUGCAAUGGGCCCAGGCCAAAGAAGAGAGGAAACUCUGGCACCAUGCCCAGGGCUGGUGUAUUAACAACCAUACUGCUCUCUAGCUUGGCAUUUUUAACACCAGUACACUGCUGAACUCUAAUGGAAGAUUUUUUGUUGUUGUUGGCAUCGUUUUGUCCAGACACAGCUGGUUUCCAUUGUAAUGUUGCUGUUUGCUUCCAACUGCUAAAAGAAGAGUUUGAUUUGAAAAAUCCUCAGCAACUAGGUCUAGUUGUCCUGUCUUUCUGGUAAGCACUUAAAAAACAAAAAAAAGCCGUCACCCAUGUAGAACCCAUAUUCAUUUAUGUUAUUGGGAACGUAGUCUAUUGAAACAAAGCACUUAAACUUGAAGGGUGCAACCACAUAGGCUGCAAAAAAACCUUUGUUGUGCUUUUUAUUUAUUUCAAAAAAAAAUCCAAUUUUUAGCAUACUGUCUCAUCUGGCUCUGGUUUUUUUAAUGUGGAUUCACAGUUCGUGUUCACAAAGUCCAUUUUGGUUAGCAGGGCAAGGCUCUGUGGAAGUCUCCAGUGGCAUCGUUUUCACAUUCAGCUCCAGUGAUUCAAGACUCAAUUUCUGCAAACUGCAGCCAGGCUUGGUUUCGCUCUGAAAAGUACUUAAGAAAACCUUGUUAGCGCUCUUGGUGGAAGACUUGCGCAUGGCGGAUGACGUGAAGAUCAAUGGGCGCCGCGAGCGGCCGCUAUCGGCUGCAGAAUUCAAAUUGGCUCUUAAAAGCUUCUGUUUGUUGGCGUGUUCCAGUGUCAGGCGACAACGGAGGACCUGAACAAACACAUUCCGGAACUGCUGGGAGGAGAUAUUGUACAGGAGCGGGUUCACGACGGAGCUGAGGUAGAAGAACGUAUCUGCUAUAGGGAGCAGGGUGAUGUAUGCUCUGAAGUAGGGGACUGUCCAGUCCUGCUUAGGUCUAGCAGCAGCCAUGAUCCUUCGAACUUGAUUUGGCAGCCAGCAUAUUGCCAGAGAGGCAACAAUCAAUCCUGCAAGCAAAGAAAGAGAAAAGAGAAAGCAUGUGAAAACAAAUCAUAAAAUAUUUAGUAUCAGUUCUGCACUUACCGGCUAGGAAAUGACACCAAUUUUUCAGUGUUUUGCCUGACAGCUUCUUCUGCCAGUAGCAAAAUUUGUUCCAAGGAAGGGGAAAAGAAGGAGCCGAGUGAGGGGAAAAAGCAAGCCACUGAUUCAAGGUCACUGCAGUCUGUGCUCCGAUAAGUAUUAUAUAAUAUUUAAGACAGCAUUUCUCUUUACUCCUUGGCAUUGGUUACGUUCAAAGACAUUGUCUUUCAGCGAUAGUGCAUUCCUCAAAAAAUUAUAUAUAUUUUUCUCGUUCCUGCUCCCUUCCCUUUUCCUUCAUCCCCCCUCAAUUAUUAAAAAAAAAUACAGCCAUAUUAGAGCAGGCAAUACCCAAAAGAUGACCAGAUUCUGUUUAUAUUUUCCAAUACAAAUAUGCAUACAACUGUAUAUUUGGCAUUAUUUUUGGUAACUUUUCUCUUACAAAAGAUAUUUUUACGUACUGUGUGAAUGGCUCUUUAUGAUAAGGAGCAUAUAAUGGGCUUUCCAGGAAAAAAAAUCCAGUAGAAUUAAAAUAUAAAGUAAUAUGGCACAGGGAAAAAACACUCAAGUAUACAAUGGAAAUGGCAAAUAGUUGCAGUUAAUAUGAAGUAUGUUCAGAACUUUGGUAUCCCAUGCAUUUUGUAGUCACCUAUAAACAUAUUUUCUCCACUUUAUUAGGCCCUGGAGUUUUGUUUUGUUUUUCAACACGUUAGAUUUGUCCUUGAUCCAGUACCAGCCCACACAACGACAGCUAAUUGCUGGUUGCAACAGGGGACAGACUCCCAGGUACUUGUAGUGCUUUAUCUGCUAUAGCUGACAAAAACACUUUUAGAUAGAGCUUUAAAAUAUUCAGUGUCCUUCCCAUUCAUUAUCUUGCAUACAAUGGAACCUAUGAGGUAAGUCGCUGUUAUUGCUGCCACUGAACAGAAAAUGACUUGCUUUGAACCUCAUAAUGGUGGUGAGUCUUGAACCGUGAUUGUAGUUCAGCCUCUUAGGCUGCAAUCCUAACCCCAUUUACUUAGAAGGAGGCCCCAUUGAUCGUGCUUUUAGCUGGUAGACUACAAUGGGAGUUGAUGAACACACGCAUGGUCUGGAUAACAGCCAAUGUCUAUUAGUUCUAGUUUAAGUAUGCAAGGAUUGCAGCCCAAGUUGCACUGAACACAGUAGGACCAACUUCCAAGUAAAAAUGCACUGGAUUGUGUGCUUUUAAAUUUUGAUUGAUAAUGUUUCUCUAACAGGAAUCUCUACCCAGAAACUGGAUAGUAUUAAAAUGAAUGUACUUGGAGCCUCUUUCUUUUUUCAAGGAUGCACUCAGUGGUAUGGGGGAAAGUGUUUAAAAAAUUCUGUUUAAUUAUUAAACUCCUCUAUAAUGCAAUUCCAAAGUUUUCAGCCUCUUUACCCUGCAAUGGUGUUCCUUGUUUUGCAGUAAAUGUGCCUUAUGUGUAAAACAAAACACUUUCAUAACAGAGGUUCCCCAACCAUUGCAAAUGUUUUCAUUGAUUUGUGCAUUUUGCACCAUGCCGUUUACUCAAGCUCCUAUUUGCUCUAAGGCUAGUUACUCAACUCAGCCUGCUUCUUUGGCAAGAGCACAAGCAUUAUGCUUAUUUACUCUUGCCAAAAUUAAUCUGGACUCGUAUCUAAUCACUAUUAUAUGGGAACACUAAAAUAAAAAAGGUUAGAACAAUUGAGAUGUCCAGGAUUCUAAAUGGAAAAGGAAUAUUGUUGUCUCGAGGAAUGUAAAGGAAUUUGACAAUGCCGAUAGAACAAUAAAUAUGAAUGUAUAUUGAAGUAGCGGGAAAUUUUGGCCAGCGCCUUGGAAGAGCCAGGAUUGAACAUAACCUUUGUGUGAUAGUAGUUUUGUGAACCUUUUUGUUUUGAAUGUUUACUUUUGGUUAAUAAAAGAGAUUAAUUUUUGUAACUGAGAAUUUUCCGUUAAUCAAAACCUUUCUAUAUUUGCUGUGCUCAUUACUACACCGUAGAUAAACACACAAAUGUGUACAGUUUUAAUGCCAAGGGACAGUUUUGCAACAGCAGACAUCUUGGUGCGUUUGGUUUCGCAGACAGGAAAGUACCAGCUGGUGAACAAGAUUGCCAGAGGCAAAGAGCAAACAGCAUCCUUUUGCAUUCCCUAACCAAAAUCAAACUGGACUGGUAGUUGCAUCUUGCUUGACUACUGGUGACAUGGUAGCAUGAUAGCACCAUCCUCUACCACACCUGAGGGUAGCAGGUUGGCUUAGAGAGUGCAUAGCAGGUCAUAUAGCAUGCACAGGUCUAUCUUUCCACACCUCCCCUCCCCUGGCAACUGUUUGCCUAACAGCUGGGCUACCCCCCUGCUGGUGAGCAAGGUUAAAAGGACUUAAACAGAAGGAAAAUGUCAUUUUGUCAUUUUCCUCACUGGUGCUUAAGAACACAUGACUAAGUUUGUAGAUAUUAUACUCCCUGUUUUGCAUCUUCCUAUUAUCCUCAAUCAUCCUCAUGGCAACAGCUGCCCAUAACAGACCCAAGGUAGGUGCACUGUUUCUUUGCCAGCUCCUAAUUAGUGCAUAGAUGGUAUAAGGCACACACACAGAAUGUCCUAACAAUGAAUGUGAUGCCCUUGUGUUUCUAGUAGCACAUGGAAGAUGGGAUUGUGAGAAGUCGCUUAAUUACUUCAAAUCUUGAAGCCCAAACAGACAAGCAGAAGAGUCAUGUGGAGACUGCUUUUACUAGACUGUAUGUACCAUUUCAUACAAAACACAUUCACACAUCACACUACUGAACCAUGGUUUGUUUUGUACUUGUUACCAUCACUACUCACAAACUAAUUUGCAAAGGGCUGCAAAACCAUUUUUUUUGAGCUUUUUUGUAAACCAGUGUGUUUGCUGAGAUUUGCUUAUGAUUUCAAAAACCAUAUAGUUAUGGCAAUUGCUCUGCCUCAAAAGGCUGCUUGCUGUCCAGUGAUAGGAAUGUAUUUGAUUCUGAAAAAGCAUUAAAGAAUUCUAAACCAUGG